AGCUGUAAUCUGACAGUUCGGAAAAUUACAUAUUGCUGUUGUCCACUCUUUCACUUUUUUCUCGGUGUGUAAUUAGGGAAAUUCUCGCGUAUAAAUUCCAUAUUUUUCAUCUGAUACGUUAUCCAAAUCAGGCGCUGGAGAGAAGUAACCGAGAAACGGUGUCCAAAUUAAUAAGUUAACAGGGUGCAGGUAGUGAGGGAGUGCAUUGUGUGUACUCAGUAUGACCAGUAAAGCACAGGAUAUCGUCGAAAAUUGGGAGGAAAUUGAUGAAGAACGGUUAAAUUCCAGACUAGAAACACUCGCAAAAGUGAAUGAUGGAUCGCCAGUCAACGGUGUCGGUGCUGGUGGAAAUUCCAAGGCUGCCAGCAGCAACAGUCUACCGGUGAUGUUAGAGGAAGAACUCCGUCCGCGAAUUAUUUUACAAAGACCCCAAAUGCAAAUACUGCGUCGCCCACAAGCAAAUGUGCAGGAAGAAAAAUCUACUGCCGAGAGUAAACCGAAGACACAAAUCAAAUCGCUGGAUCAACGGAAGCAAGAAUAUGCCGAAGCACGUCUGCGGAUAUUAGGUUCAGCACAUGACGAAGAAGAACAACAACAGAAACCGUUCGAACCGACGAAAAAAACCAAUUCGAAUACAAAUGGAAAUGGAUUUCGGUUAAUCAAUAACAACAAUAGUGGCGGGCCUGUUCGACCUGAUCGGCCACAGGGUUCAUAUAGGCCACCUCCAGGAAGCUUUCACAUGCAGCAACAUGCCCAACACACCGGUCCAUACUAUUCACCACAUCCGUCUGCAAGGAAUCAGGUACCGCCACCGGAAGCAGCAAAUCACCAUUACUACCAACAACAAGCGCCUCAUCCUAGUACAGGUCCCUAUCCUUACCAACAUCCACAGCACCAUCCCCAGUCUCAGCAUUAUCAUCAGAAGCAUGUUUCAUCUUACGGGAUGGCUCCGCAAACUGCCAGUGGUUACCAUCAAGCAGCGGCAGCAAUUGCAGUGUACGGCCACGUAGGGGCUAACAAUAGCAACAACAAUAUACUGAGAAUGCCUGCUGGACCAGAUGGUUCUCACGGGUUCACUAUACGACGGUAGCUAGUUCAUUAGAAAAAAAUAGGAUCAUAUUUUUUAUUGCUUAUUGCACUUGCUGAAAAUAUACACUAUUCAAAUUUUGUUGUAAAAUAUGUAA